CUCCAGCUUCGUCCACUCUCACAUUCCCAGACCCCUUCACACCCCGCACUUCUCGGCACUCUCACCCACUCCCAGCCAGGCCUCGGCUUCACACAGACUCUGCCCAGAUUCACUCACGCUCACAGCUUGCUGGCAGUCAGCCUCCGCUCAUCCUCCAUGGCAUCCCAUGCAGCUGCACUGCUAGCCCUCAGCCUGCUGAUUCUCUGGACCUCCCCUGCUCUGGGAGAUGCCAACGACGCUGAAGACUGCUGCCUGUCUGUGGCCCAGCGCCCCAUCCCUGGAUUCCUGGUGCGAGCCUAUCGCUACCUGCUCAUCAACAAUGGCUGCAGGGUGUCUGCCGUUGUGUUCACCACACUGAGAGGUCGCCAGCUCUGUGCACCCCCAGACCAGCCCUGGGUGGGCCGCAUCAUCCGGAGACUGCAGAAGAACUCAGCCAAGGGAAAGCACUACAGCAGGUAGCCCAUGACAGCCUCAGAGGGAGCCCUGUGUCUGAGGGAAAGAAUGUGAAUCACUGAAGCCUUGGGGAACCAAGGACCAGAAGGGAGGACCAGGCCUCCUGCUCCCCUGCACCAGACCUGACCCAGCUGGGGCGGGGCAGGAGCGUGAGCGUGAGUGUGAGUGUGGAUGAGUGUGGUGGAAGCACAACUUCUCCAUGCCCAGACUGCAGUGUUUCCAAUAAAGCCCAGCUGGU